AAGCGAAAGAGCAAUCGAGCAUGGGGAAGAAGAAUCAGAAUGACAAGAGCAAGAGCAUUCACGACAUCCUCCCUCUUGACCUGAUUCACAUAAUCCUUCUGCGGGUGCCGAUCAGACAUCUCGCUCGCCUCAAGUGCGUUUCUAAGCUCUGGUGCUCUCUAAUCUCUGAUCCUGACUUUGCGGCAUUGCAUUUUCACCACUCUCCCGCUGCCACCAACGCAUGCAUCUUCAUGGAAAAAGACACUAUGGCUGACUUGGUUUAUUUAGACGACAAUGAUGCAUCACAAAAAGAGGUGUGUCCCCCCUUCCAAAAGAAAGCACCUUCUGUUUUUGUGGUCGUGGGAUCCUGCAGAGGCUUUAUUCUCUUCCAUCGAGACCCACAUUUUCUUGUGGUAUGGAACCCACUCACUGGAUCCAGCCAAAGAAUUUCCUACUCUCAUAUCGUUCAUCGUAGUAAGCCCCCUGGCCCUAGGAUUCGCUACGAUGUGUAUCUGCAUGGAUUUGGUUAUGAUGCAUCACAGGAUGAUUACUUACUUCUUGUCGCUUGGUGCGAUUGCAAAGGACAAUAUCAUUUGGAUUGCUUUUCCUUGAGAACCAAUUCAUGGAUUAAUCUUGAUGCUGCUGUCCCCAAACUUUUGGGUUUUCGUUACUGGCAUUCUGGUGGGUUGUUCUUUAAUGGCGCUGUUCAUUAGGUGCCUUUCGAUCUUGAAGAUUACAGGGAUGCUAUUGUUAUCUUUGAUCUCAUGGAAAUGACUUUUUCAACCAUAUCUGCGCCGGAACAACUGUCGUGGUCCUCACCAAGUGUUGCCCUACUCGGAGGCUGCCUAGCCUUGUCUUCUCCCAAUGAUGAUUGCCGUAACACUGACAUAUGGGUGAUGAAAGAAUAUAAAGUACACUCAUCUUGGACUCUCUAUCAGAUUCCUUGCAAGUACUUCCGGCCUCUGUGCUUAUCUAGUAAUAGGGAUAUUAUUGGAAGAGGUUAUACUUCCUGUGGUAAAACAGAGUACUUCAUAUAUAAUGUCAGAGGAGACCUGCUCAAGCAUUUUAAAGAUUUGUGUUGUCAAUUUCCCCACAAUCGCCGUCCCUAUACUGUGUAUGUAGAGAGUCUCUUGCCACUCCCUAGUGACAUUAAAGAUAAGGAUAAUAAGAAGAAGAUGAAGAAGGAAAUUGGCAUGCCAUCAAGUUCACCAUGAAUAUUUUGAACAACCUGCUGUUGCUAAAGGUUAGCAUCAAACAAAGAAAGAGAAUUAGGAGCCAACAUACAAGUGAACAGCUUGACACAUGGGGAAGAAGAACAUUCGAAAGGUGCAAAUGAAGUUUAGUUGGUUAUGCAAAACUUUAGAUAUUUUAUUUCUUAGUUGGUUAAGCAAAACUUUAGAUGCUUUAUUUUGCAGAUUGCAUAAUGUACUUUUCUUUUAUCAUGUCAAAACCUUAUGAAUCCAAUCCUAGAAGUUUUAAUUGUAGAUUCUUUUGGGGAUAAUACGUUUCUCCUGCAAACUUGAGAUGCUAGGUGUGGAGUCUAGUGAAUUUGUCAAAUGAA